AUGUUUCGCGCCUUCCUCCAAUACUCCCGGCCACGAGUGGCACAGCUGCAGCAUGUCCAUCUUGGCUUGUCUGGAGGCCUGUCCACCCCGGCAGGAGCCCCAGUCGGGUUGGUGCAGCCGGUGCUGGCGCGGAUUGGGGCCUCCAUGGGAGAUCAAUCGCUGCUGACCCGAUUCGGUCCUGGCCGAGCGCUCUACAGCUCGCUUCCGCAAAGUGCCAAGGUCGAGCCACAGGCCGCCGGCGCCACUCGCCGCACGCCGCACCAGGGCUCACAGCAGCAUCACCACGAUCGUCGAUCCCAGCCGGUCAAUCGCCCCGCCGGACGAUCGGACUCUGGCGGUAGCCCGGACACUGGCAGGCCAAGGCAUCGCCCAAAUCACACGCGGCACAACAAGCAGCGGCAUCCCUCGCCAGCUGGUGGCACUUCCGCCGCUGCUGGCUCCAGUGCGGAGCCCGGAUCCGGUGUCGUUGCCGGAUCAAAUCCCGGUGCUGGCAAUGCACCGAGCGGCACCAAUGCCCAUGGGAACCGCUCCCGCCAUACCUCGGGCUCCACUCCUGCCCGGCAGUCUCAGCAUCCACGUCGCUCCGAUGGUCAGCAUGCCAGGUCCUCGACCGGAGCCCCCUCCCAUCACCCUAACCACGCCAAAACCAACCAGGCGAAGAGCAACCAGGCGAAGGACAGCACCAACAACAGCAGCAGUGCCAGCAGCAGCAACAACAACAGCAGCACCAGCAGCAGCAGCACCAGCAGCAGCAGCACCAGCAGCACCAGCAGCAGCACCAGCAGCAGCAGCAGCGGCAACAGCAACAACAAAAACACUGCCGGCGCUGUUUCGAGCAGCCACUCAGCCGCGAGCAAGCCCGAGCCCCAGACGGUCGGUAAGUCGCCUGUUUCGGCGGUCGCUAACUCCAACGCCCCGAACGCUGGCAAGCCGGAUGCCCCGGCUCGGGAUCCCUCCCGUGCGAAGCAUCCCCACCAUUCGACUCUCCGGCGUCGUCCCCGGCAUAACCAUCCGGCCGGGGCUCCGGCCCACCAAGCGUCCCGCAGUCGCAGCAAUCCUUCCAAUCCCCAGUCGGGCACCAGUUCCGACACCGUGACCAAGGCCACAGUUUCCGCGGCCGCCAGGGAGUCAAACUCCUCCACGGGAACCCCCUCUCCCAAGAAGCACGAGUCCGCUGCCCGGGCCCAGUCUGCGCCGCAGCGUGCGGGAUCGGCCCCGAAGUCGCCCCGCACACAUGCCUUCAUUAAUACUUCCUCCUCGACCAAAUCCUCCUCCUCUGCCACGGCUCCUGUCUCGACCGGGGGCGCUGCUGCUCCGGCUCCGGCUCCGAUUGAAGGCGAGGGCGUCCUCUUCAAGCGCGUCCCAGCCCAGGCUCCCUGGAUGGGGCUUGGCCACCAGGGGACCACGCAGGCAGCAUGGUCCUCGGCUGUGGUUUCGCGCCAGGAGGAUGCCGGCCGGCCACACAAGAAAAAGAAGUCCCUCGGCGAAUUGGCCUCUGCCGGGCCGUGGUUCCUGCCGGAGGGUAGCGCCAUCGAGCUUCUGACUGCCUCGGAGGCCAUUCCCACGGUGGAAAAUGACCCGGCCCUCAUUGACGCUUCUGUGGCCUUCAUCGAGAGCAUCAGCCUGGAUAACCUCCCCCCCGAGGUGGUGAAAUACUUCGAUGGCGAGGAGCAUGUCCGCGAACUCCUGGCCGAUGAUGCGGGCCGUGCGCGUGUUGCCCGGGUGGCAGAGAUGUUUGCUGCCUCGAAUGGUCUUCAGUAUCUGGCUGCCGAUAAGUUCCAAAUGGGCCACCUGGACCUGCCGAAGGGCGGCGACAUCCCAGUCUUGAACCCGGCACUGAGCCAUGUCAUCCAUGAGCCAGGGGUUCAUGUAGUGCGAGACUUCCAGUCGAAGACGAUGCACCUGCCACCGGAGGUUCGGAGCCUGGAGAAAGUCAAGGCCGAAACCCUGCGGCGUAUGAAGCUCAACCAGCUGAUUGAAAUGAAGGGCUUCAAGACCGGGCUGUCCUUUACUCCCUCUUCCAAGGAUAAGACCCUGGAGCGCUUUGCCGUGGAGCAGGGUGUCCGGUUCAUUGGGUCCACCUCCUCGGUCAGUGCCUCUCUCAGCCACAUCUACUUCACCAUGAGCAGCAACCGGUUCAUCACCCCGCCGCCGCUCAUCUCGAAGUCCAUCAGCCAGGAGACUCGUCGCUUCACCCGAGCCACCCGGCAGCCGGUGCUCGUGAACCUGGUCCGCAAGGAGACCGGUGUCUAUGCGGUCGACUCGUCGGCCAUCCUGUCUACGGAAAGCAUUCUCUCACGCAUGGGCCAUGUGUUCGAGAAGUUCCUCACGUCUACGACGCCGGAAUUCGAGGAUUUCCUCGACUGGCACCUGACCCACGACAGCGCGGUCGACCUGGACUCCCGGGAGGACCGGACCACGCCUGUGGAUCUGGCGCCGCCACAUCCGAGCGACGUGCAUUCGGCAUAUAAUUACUUCGGAGCCGGGUCGCUGCUGCUCCGGUCCCAGUUAGAUUGCCAUGACCCGGAGAACCCGGAGCGCAUCUUCGACUUGAAGACCCGAGCGACUUUGGCCAUUCGGAACUUUGUCAAGGACUACGAAAACAAUGUCAAGUACCGGCUCCAUCGGAUGUCCGGGCAAUUGUCCUCCUUCGAGCGGGAGUAUUACGACAUGAUCCGGUCGGCCUUCAUGAAGUACUCGCUGCAGGUGCGCAUCGGUGGCAUGGAGGGCGUCAUGGUGGCAUACCACAACACCGAUGAGGCCUUCGGCUUCCAGUUCAUCCCCCUACGGGACAUGGAGCAGGCGCUCUAUGGGAAUGCGGACCUCGGUGAUUUGGUUUUCCGCCGUGGACUGGCCAUCUUCGAGCAGUUGUUGGAGCGCAUUUCGGCCGACUUCCCUGGGCAGUCUGUGGCCCUGAUGAUCAACUCUCAGAUCCGCCCCGGGCACCUGGAAAUCCUUGCCGCUGGAGGUGGGGCUGACGAGCGCUCGGACGAGUUCUCCGGGGAUGGCCUCUCCCAUCGGAUGGUGGAGAAGUUGCUGCACCAUUGUGCUCCAACCCUGUCGCCGGAGCGACAGGCAGCCCUACAAGAGGCGGUGGCCGCCUCCAGCAAGCCGAGUGCAUCGGUGUCCUGGUGCUCGCGCCCGGUGGAGCCGGUGGCCGCCAAGUUCGUUGCGCAGGACCAUUCAAACCUGCAAUUCAAGUUGUACUCCGUGCAGAUGGAAUCCUUCCUAGAUGGCGCCAGCAUCGGUGCCAACAUCCCUCCUUCCACAUCUACGCAGCCGUUCACCGGCCAGUGGGAUCUCUUCUUCGGGAUCCACGAGCGCACGCCGGCCGAUGCCCUGCGGAGUCACUUCCAUGCCUUUGUCAAGAAUGUCUCCAUGUCAAGGGAUGCAGGUCUCUUCUUCCGGUCGUUGGAGGCUCAGCAAAUCCCCGAUGACAUUUGGAACUCGGACAUCCCUGUGGCCUGCAUUUCGAACGAUCCAAACGCCCCGGGGUCUUCCUUCGUCCAUCGUAACAAGAACUUCCUGAAGGGCAACGGUGCCCGGUGGCAGGGGUCCCGGCGCCCGGACCGCCGCACCAAGGUCUUCGCUCCGCCCGGCCUGGAAGGCAAGGCACGCAUCAAGUCGGUCGAUCAGUUCCGCGACUCGCUCAGCAGCGUGCGGAUGGCGCGCAACGCCGAAGGCACCAGUCCGGCGGAUGCCAGUGCGGCGGCGGCGGCGGCGGCCGCGCUGGCCACGGCCGUGGCCACGGCCACGGCCGCCACAUCCGCCGCGGCGUCCAUCCCCCCGGCGGCGCCCGUCGCCGUCGCCGCACACUCCUCGUAGGGCGGGGAGGGGGGGGAACGUGCGGGUGGGAUCGCACCUGCAUGCGGGUGCUGCGGCCAGCCGUGCCCGCCCGGCAACUCCCAACGAACGCACAUGCUCCGAGAUGAUCUUUUUGAACUCCCUGCCUUUUUUCACACUAGAAUAGACCAUGCUGCAUUUUGGCA